UAUUAUUUGUGUUCUGUGCUUAUAACCUAUAAAAUAAUGUUGUUUUCUGGGGUUAAAACCACAAACAAAAACAAUAACUAAUAAUAAAUUAUAUAAUAACGUGAAAAUUUAAUGUUAUGCGUUAUAGUACCGAGGUCACGUUCCCGUUCAAAGAAAAUGAUACAAUCUUAAGUGGAAUUAGAUAAGAUUUCUCUAAAUACUACAUACUGUUUUUAUUUUUAUAAAUUUCACUUUCUUUAAAAAUUCGCAAAGAAAAUGACCGAGCCAGAAUCCAAUUUACUGGAAAACCUCCAGACUCAACUGGAAGAGCUCGAGAGCCUCCAAGCUAUGUUCUACAAUCCGGGUGAAAUUAAAAUCGAAGACAUUGGAAUGUACCAUGAUAUCAAAGACUAUGUUAGUGGGAAAAUGAAGUUGGUGCCCCCCUGUUUAGAUUUUACAGUAAAUCUGCUCAUUGAUGACAAUAAAUUUGAGAUGUGUGUUAGUUUAGGACAUGAAUAUCCAUUUGUGGAACCAGAGGUUUUUGUUAGGAACUGUAGGAUGAAUCGGGUGCAGCAUGCUGAGUUGAAUAAAAAGAUUGGAGACUAUUUAAAAAGCCUACCCAAAGGUGAACCCUGCAUAUUCACAGCGAUCUCAUGGCUCCAAGACAAUGCCCAUUCAUUCAUAGAUUUAGAAAAAGAAGGAACUUCAACAGAAAUCAACCGGAGUGAGCAAGAUGACGAAUUGGUUCGAUAUUGGAUUUAUUCCCAUCACAUUUAUAGUAAAACAAAACGUAAAUCCAUAACAGAUUUAGCGCAUCAGCUAAAAGUGAAUGGUUUCAUAAUGCCUGGGAAGCCGGGAAUCAUUUGCGUGGAAGGAGGUGCUUGCGAUGUAAAUGAAUGGUGGCAAUCAGUUAAAAGUAUGAACUGGAAAAAGAUAUUUUGUAAGAUCACUGAAAGUACAAAAGAAGAUGCCCAACAGGAUAACUUUCUAAAAUUUAAAGAUUUUAUGGAAAUAGUGUUUGAGAGCCAUGGGCCUAAAUUUAACCAUAUGGAUAUGGGGGAAUUUUCAAAAUAUCUGGAACAGAAAGAUCUUGGAUAUAUUUUUAAGGAUCUUUUUGGUGUUGAAGCUCGAAAUGGAUAACUUUGGGCAGUUAAGUGGGAAGGAGAGCUAUAAAGAGUUUUUAGGUGCUAUAAAAUUAAUACAUUACUUCUUAAAAAAAUCUGACAAAAUGUAUGUUUGAUGUCAAUACUCAAUAAAUGUCUAUGAGAGAAUGAGUCUCUAUUAGAGAAUGAGCAAAAUAUGUGACUAUGAAACUAGAACCGCAAAAAACAGAAAUAUGCCGCUUUUAUGUCCAAGAAAACCGCAGUUAUUACCAUGUCAUGUGAAAUUCCUAGGUUUAUGCUAGGUUGUCUUAUAUGUGUAUUUUUUCCUAAAAGCUGUUUGUAGCGGAGUGAAUCUGUUCUGAUCAUUAUUUUCAUUGUUUUAAGCAUAAAAGGUGGUAAUGGGUCUAUAGCUGCCAAGGGAUUCCGGAUUUUUUCCUUGUUUAUAGAUUGGGAUUAUUAGGUACUCUUUAAGUUUUUCAGGUAUUGGUAUUUCAUUGUUUAAAAUUUGGUUGUAUAUAUCUGACAUAUUUUUUUCAUGCUUAGAGAUAGUUCUUUAUUAAGUAUGAUAGUUUAUCUAGCCUGGAUGCGGAGUGUUUUUUGUCCUUAAUAAGUAUCUUGUACAUUUCAUGGAUAGUGAAGAAAACAUGUUGGGAGGAUUUUUGCAUUUUAAAAAAUGGGUUAUAGUUAAUACUGGCCAUUUUGUUGAUUAGAUAAAUAAUUCUUGAUUUCCUCGUUCGGCUUAUGUGUUCCUUUAUUGCUGCAUUUUUCCUGAUAAUUUUCUGAUCUUGUUCCAUAUUUCGGUAGGGUUCAAGGUUCUAUUAAGGGUUUCAUAAAAUCCAAUAACUUUUCCUUAUUUUUGGGUAGGAACCUCCUUGUCUAAUGUUAUUAACAUAUUGUUUGAUUGAUUUUUUUCUAGCCCUUAUUUGCUCUGUGCAGUCUGCAUCCCACCAAGGGUUUCCAGUUUUUGGGUCUGCCCGUCCAGUCGUUCUUGGAAUUACUAGUUCAGCUGCCUUAUCCACUGUUAUGUUUCGUUUACUACCGUAAACAAUUCUUUUACAUAAUAGUUACGUAGUUAUAGUAGAUAUUCCUCCAGUUUGCAUAUUUUUUUUAGCAUCUAUCAUAUAAUUGGUGGAGGAAUCACAGGGCAUUACGAUUUAAAUUUCAUAUUAAGAUGGCUUGUUAGAUAUUUAGAUCUUAAGAGCGCAUUGCUCAUGAAAUUCUAAUAGUUGUUCAUCAAUGAUGGAGUAUAGGAUGUUCUGCACAUUUCAAUGAAUAAGUCCCAAAUGUCACGAAUCAGUGCGAAAUAAUAAGUUUUUGCCCUGUCUUAUAUACUUUUUGGUUGAAUCGGAGACGAUUUACCAGAAAUGCAAAUGGUUCGGAACUCAUGCAUGCUUUAUAUAAUGAUCCAGUUAUGGCAGAAUCAAACAUUUGCCUUGUAUUUAGGUGAUUAUCUUUUUUGACUGCGAAUAGUACCAAAACUGCAAGGAAAGAUAAUAAUUCGACUGUGGAACGAUUUGAGGCAUACAACUGAGACUGUUUUUCGAUUUCUUUAUUUGUACACAGUAAAAAUGUUUGUAAAAUAUUCUUGCUAAAGAAGUGUAAAAAGUACUUAGAUGCAUGUUAAUAGGUUUCUAUUUUCGUACCAGACACAAAAUGUAUAAUACUUCCUUUAUCCUCUUAUAGAUUAGUGGCAUCUUUGCCGACCAUUUGUGGCCAUUUUUUCCUUUCAGCUGACAAUAUUGUAUUCUAUUGUUGUAUUCUGGCCACUUUAUCUAGGGGAACAUUAUCAUCUUCUGAAGAGCUUUCUGACCUCACCUCUAGAGUAACAUCUUUAUUAGCAACAGAAGGAUCCGUCGAGCUGUCAUUAUGACUGCUAUUUGAGAUGCUCUCUGUUUCGAUGUUAUAAACCUCCCAGUCGCUGCCACUGUCUUCAAAAGGCUCAUAUUCAGAAUUUUGCUAAUUCAUGAUGUGCUGAAUUUCAUUUUGCAUUUCCGAAUUAGGCAAAGGUCUUUUCGAAUCCCAAGUCCCAUACUGCUAUAACAUUUCUAUAUUAGAAUAUAGAUAAUUAUUGAGAAAAUGGAAGACUUAUCAACAAUAUUUCGUUCAAUAUCCAAAAAAAAAACAGAUUUUCUAUACUAACGCUAUUAUUAAUAAACGUAUAUUUUACGUCACGUGGAAAUAAAGUAUAAAGCGAGUUCCAAGUACAUAUGUAUAUUUUUACUGUAAUUUUUAUUAGAGGUUCUAUUUUCAUUGUCACUGGCCUUAUUCCUAAGGCAAUACAAAUGUUUGGAAUGUGUGAUACCAUGGAAAAUUUUCCUUAACUUUGUUUUACACUAAACUUAUAUAAAAUAUUUUAUUGUUAUUUUUUCUUUAUACCUUUUAACAUAAAAAAUCCAAAAAUGAAUAAAUAUUUUUAUAAAACUGUAAA